AUGUAUACAAAACAAAAAAUUCGAUCACAAUCUGACCAAAAUACUCCAUUAAAUUCAAAUCAUGGUCAAUUAUUUUUAUCAUUGUUCAAUAAGCAGUCAACAAAAUACACACAUAUUACUAGUAAUAAUAACUAUUAUUCAAGGCAUUGGUAUACGAAUGGAACUUGGAAUACGCUAAAAAGAAAAUUUUCUAGUAUACUUCAUUUUGUAUAUUACAUCGAUAGUAAAAGAUGGAGAUAUUUGCCAAUACUUGGCAUAAUAUUUGUAAUAUUCUUAAUUAUUAAUGGAAUUCCAUCAAAGGAGAAUGUACAACAGCAAACAGGACUGGUGUAUUAUGCUGAUAAAAGAAUUUAUAUGCCGGUCAAAUAUCUUGGAAUUAAUCCGAAUAUAACAUCAGAAUUACCCCAAGGAAUCACGAUUUAUCAUGUAUCUAAAGAAUUUGAUUUUGCUACAGAAGGAUACCCGGGUAAAAUAGUCACUGGUCUUGUAAAAGCACAGGCUGCUAAUACUUCAUUGAACGUCAACAUAAUUAUACCGUAUUAUUCCUUUUUAAAAAAAAAAUAUCAAGCCACAAAAUAUGUUCAACUAGGAAUUAAAAUUCGUGAUGCCGAUGGUCAAUGGAAAUAUGCCCGUUUUUUAACUUCUAAAUUCGAGUUAAAAACUUCUUCAAAUGGGAAUAUUAAUGUUUUUAUGAUCGGAUCGACAAAAAAUUUGCCACCAUUCAAUCAAGCAUUCAAAAUAAAUGUCGCUGAUAAAUUGUAUACACCAAAAAACAAAUUUUCUUUAGAAUGGAGGGAUUUAUAUUUUUGUAAAGCUGCUGCUGAAUUCAUUACUUAUAGGAAUACCAUGAUUGAUACUCCCCUUUUUUCCAAACGAGAUAGUCGUGGUGUAGAUGUUGUACAUAUACAUGGUACAACAAAUGCUAUGGUCAUCGAAUUUUUAAAAAAUACCCAGAAAAAUUUUAAAGGAAAAGAUCCAUCAAUAGUUUAUACAUUGCACAAUUACUAUGAUGAUCAUCUUCAUUCAUAUGAUCUUAAAGACGUAGAUAAGUUCAUGGAUGUAAAAAGUAUGGAUCAAUUUGGGUAUGAAAAUUCACAGUACAUUCGUGAUAAUAGGUUAUUUGUUUCUUCGCUUGCUGUUGAUAAAUCACAGAUGGUUACAUUUAUGUCAGAAGAGACAGCUCGUGAAAUGGUAGAAGGUCCAUUGGAUUUCGAUUUUAAAGAACUUGUAUUACCAAAUAUUAUUAACAAGGCAAGCAUAGGACGUUGGAUUGGUAUAUCAUAUGGAUUUGAUGUCACAGAACCCAAUCCUUUUAAAAAUCGAAUUCUUGAAGAAAGCAAUGCGAUUUUUCCAGGAAAUCUUUAUACUUUAGACCCAUCAGAUAUAUAUGAUAAUGCCGUAAAUAUUUCUUCAAAAGAUUUGAUAGUUGUGUCAAAACUCAAUGCUAAGAAAUAUUUGAUUCAAGAAGGAUUACUGAGUGAAGAAGAUCUUGAACGUCCAUUGGUGUUAUUCGAAGGAAAAUUUGAAGUCACAGGAUUUCAAUUUUUUGUGGAAGCAGCAAGUACUCUAGCAACUUUAAAUGCAAAAUUUGUAAUAAUGGGUCAAAGAAAUAAUUAUCCAUCUUUAAAAUUAAAAAAAAUGAUAGAAAACUAUUCUGACCACUUGAUUAUUAUUUAUGAACCCGAAGCUCGUGAACAAUGGGAUGUUCAUCUUUAUGCGGCAGCUGAUAUUCAAUAUGUUCCGGACCUAUCAGAAGAUUUUGGAUUAGUUGCUGCAGAAGGUUUGUUAUUUGGUACACCGGUGGUUAGUUCUGAUAUCUAUAUUGGGGAUUUAAGUGAAAUUUUGAUAAAUAAGACAAUUGAGACAACAAAUUAUUAUAAUUCUUAUCUUUUUGAGUUAGAUGAAGAAUUUAUUGAUUCAUCAGUCAUAGGGUUGAAAUCUGCACUAACUGAUGCUGUUUAUGAUUGGAGAAAAAUGUCAAUGAAUCUAGUAGAACGUGAAUUAUUUGUUAGAGGAUUAAUCAAGGAUGCUUUAAAAUUAGAUUGGCGUAGAAUUGGUGGCCCAAUAGAACAAUAUAAAAAGGUUUAUAAAAUGGCAAUUUUACAGAUAACAGACACGUUAGAAAUAGAUGAAUUAUGGCAUUAA